AAUUUGCAUUGCUCUUUUUUUUAUUUCAUAAAUUUUUGCUUUGCAAGUUUUUUAAUUUAACAAAUUGUUUUCUUUGCUAAAACUCAUCUGCAACCCAGAUUUUUUUCCGUGAAUUGGUCGACAGACUCUGAUUCAAAUUGUUUUGUUGAUCUUAGCUUGUGAUGCAUCAUUAUAGGUGUAGAUUUUUUGGAAAAUUUAUUGUUUAAAAUAGUUAAUGCAUCUUCAAAGUUCAAUUGAUUCUCGAUCAGUGGGAAGGAUUUAGCACCACAUAGAACAAAUAAAACAUCUAAUCUAUCUAUAUCUAAUACUUUAGCUUUUAAAAUAUAUGUUUGUAGCAUUCUUUUCCAAUAUAGAUAUUCUUCUUCUAACGGUUCUUCUUGAAGAGUUUUUUGGAAUAUUUUAUGAUCCAUUAUGUUAAUAAGAUAUUAUAAAAUUGUUGUAGACCCGAUCAAAACUAAUGCAAGUAAUUUAGAAUUAAGGUUUUUAUAAUAUUAUCUAAAAUAUAAAGAAACACAAUAUACAUAAUAUAAAUAUAAUAACGCAAUAUUGAAAUAACACAAUAUCACAGUUACAAAUUACAAACUUUAGUAAGAAAAUGCCCUAUAAAACCGCUAACCGCAAACGAACAUAAAGAAAUGUUAAUAAGCGAUGCAUUUGUAGCUGGCCUUUCAUCUCCAAUGAUUCGUCAACACCUCUUAGAAUCAUCUAACGACUCACUAGAAAAACUUCUACUUACAGCAACAACUAUGGAUCUAGCAAUCGAAGACACUAAAACUUUUUCUUUACCUGAACAAUGUCCUAUUUUUGCAGCUACAAAACACUCUUGUAUCUGGUGUGGGGGUCAAUGACAUGAUAGGUCCCAAUGCAAUGCACGAAACUCAACUUGCAAUAACUGUGGAAAAAAAGGACACUGGGCCACUGUCUGCUUAAGUAACAAACUAAAUCAAAACAACAGCAUAAAACUAAAAUAUCCAAAUAAAACACCAAUAAAGGGUGCGGCAACAAACUAUGAGUGCAAUAAUGACAUCAACCAAGAUAACAUCCCACACACGGCCACAAUCUUAGCCUCAAUAAAUCAAAAAUCAGGUCUGAUAAAUGCAAUAGUCAACGGAAUACCAGUACAAGCCCUUAUCAACACAGGCUCUGACCUAUCCUUUAUCUCUCUAAAUUUUAUGUCUGAGAACAAUCUUAAGUUUAACACAAAUAUCAGGAAAUCAAUCUGUCUUGCAGAUAAUUCACCCGCACAAAUUAUUGGCCAAUAUGACAGUACCUUAAUAAUAGGGAACCACUCAUAUUCAACUAAACUCUUUGUAGUAAAACAGCUAGUAUCACCUUUUAUUAUUGGUAUAAACAUUUUAAAUAAACACUCAGCUCUAACACUUCAUUUUGGAGGAAAACAAUAAACUUAGCUUUACGAAGUUUUGAACUAAAAAAAACUGAUUGGGAACUGAUUAAUGGGUUUCAAAUGCUCAACUAUUACUGGUGUUGAUCUACCUGACUUCCUAGUAGAAUCAGGUAGUACUGUCCUACAUAAAAAUCACCUUCGAUUGAAAGGAGAUCCAUUGGUAGAACCAGUCACUUUGCUUGAAACUGUAUCACCACACUAUGCACGUAUAAAAUUUAUGAAUGGCAGAAUUGACACUGUAUCAACACGACAUCUAGCACCAUGUGCCACUCCCCACAUUAAAGAAAUAAUCCAACCACCCGAAACCUUUGAGACAUCAAUUUCACCCAAAGAAGACGGUUCAACAGCUACAAACGUUAGCAAUAACUUUGAAACUGAUGAAAAUAACCUGAUAUUACCAACUGAUUACCAUCCUCUGUCUGCCACCAAUAAUUUACCUUCUCCAAAUAAAACGACUACUAUUACCAAUAUUACACCAUCAUUAACUCAAUAUCCUGAUGUCACUACUACCCAAAACUUACUAGUUAAAAAUAGCCGUCCACAUCGUAUUAGAAGACCACCCUCAAAGCUUAAUUUGUAACAAAACUUAACUAAAUCAAAACUAUAUAUAAAUAUCUAUUGGAAGGGCAGAAGACUGUGAUAUUGUGUUAUUGUGUUAUUUCAAUAUUGCGUUAUUAUAUUUAUAUUAUGUAUAUUGUGUUUCUUUAUAUUUUAGAUAAUAUUAUAAAAACCUUAAUACUAAAUUACUUGCAUUAGUUUUGAUCGGGUCAACAACAAUAUGUAUCUAAGUUUAAAAAAAAGGUUUAGCUUGAUAACCUAAAUAUAAUUCUGCUAUAGUUGUUUCAAAGAAAUUAAGUUGUUUGGAAGUUUUUCUUAAAAAACCUUCAGUGAAGAAGCAUUUUUUUUUUUCUUAAUUUGUUUCUGUGUAAAUGUAAAAAAUUAUUAAAUAUAAAUAAAAUUAUUCUGAUUUUAUUUAUAUAUAUUAAACCCCAAUAAAUAGUCUAAAAAGGUAAAAAUUGUAAACAAAUUAUAAUAAAUAUGCAAAGGUAUUAAUUAAAAGUAUCAUUUUUUUUUUACUCUGUUUUAACGACAUUAAUUUCUGUUUUAACGACUUUAAUAAUCUCUGUUAUAUUUCUUUUUCUUUUUUUUUUUUUUUUUUUUUUUUUUUUGUGUAGCAAUUUAAUGAAGUAUAUAGUAAUGAAGUUAUUUAAAUUUGUAUUUUAGUACCACCAAAAAACAAUCAACAAUGUUA